UUAACUCCGUCGUCGUGCGUCAAAAUCUUCGCGUUUUGGGCCCUGGUCUCAAUCCGUUCUCUCCUUAUUGCAUUGCCAAUCACUCCUCUUCUUCUCGCUAAUUUUUGUUUUUUCCUAUCAUGUAAAUCAGCUUCUUUGUUUAUUGUUUUUCAAUCAAUUUGCUGUUGCGAACAAAAACGAUAAUUGAUUAUCAGGGUUUGGUUUCUGGUUUAAUUAAGAAAUUUGGAAAGGAUGAUUGAAAGCAUGCCCCAAGAGCAACUGGGUCCUUUUUGUUUUCAGCGUAAGUUGUCUAAAAAGCGCUUCUUUAGGUCUGUGGUGGACAGGGAUGAUAGGGGUUGGACUCCCCUUCAUAUCAGUGCUCGUAAAGGUGAUCUCAAAGCGGUGAAGCAACUUCUCAAUGAAGGAAUGGAUGUGAAUGUGUCAGCAUGGGGUCCCAAAUCAAAAGGGGUGACUCCGCUUCACCUUGCCGCCCAGGGUGGCCACCUUGAAGUCAUGGAUGAAUUGCUUGAGCGAGGUGCUGACAUUGAUGCUAGAACCAAGGGUGCUUGUGGCUGGACCCCACUUCACACUGCUGCCAAAGAAAGAAAGAGGGAAGCUGUUAAAUUCCUGAUUGAGAACGGAGCAUUUUUGCCGGAUAACAUUGAUGAUAGCAGAUUCAAUCCGCCACUUCAUUACUGCCCUGGUCUUGAAUGGGCAUAUGAAGAGAGGGAGCGGUUUCAAAAAGAAAAUCUAUCUGCAGGCGAGACCUCUUAUAGCUUCGAGAGCUGAAUGCUCUUGCUCACU